AUGGAGACCCAGGCUGCCACUGAAGAUGUUGACACUAAAAUUCCUCAGCCUGCGGCUCCUGAGACUGUGAUUCCUGGGGCUGUGAAGACAUUGACUGAUACUCCUCAGCCCAAGCCGAAGAAUCCCUUCUCAAAGAAACAGAAGUUCAAAGCUGAUGACUUCUUUCAUGAGCAUCUCGCCUCCGGUCCGCUCCACAGGCCGCGGACGUGCGUCCGUCUCCGAUCUCCUCUGCAGCUCCGCUCGGCUGGGCCACCGCUGCACCCGCUCCUCGCGCGCCGUGCAGAGGGAGCGAGGGGCCGCGCCUCGGCUGCCUGCAGCGGCACGCCGGCCUCCUCCGCUCGUCACCUCGUCCCCGACCAGCUGCUCCGGGCCUCCUCCCGCGCUGCCCCGGUCUGUAGCAGCGGACCCCUUCCUCAGCACCCAGCUCGUCCGCCUCCGCGCGCGAGGUGCCUGCCGCGCGCCUUCUCCGCCAUGCGUCACCCGCGCCUGGCCUCGUCCAAACGUCCGCCCGCGCCGGCUCCUUGCGCGUCGUUGGCCUGCUCCGCCUCCCCACGCUCCCGCGUGGGCCGGCUCGCCGCCCCGUCCCGGCCGGCUCCGGGACCGCGCCGGCUUCGCCUCCACGCACGCCCGCCGGCUUCCCGGCUUCUCCAGCACCAGGCCACCGCCCAGCCGGCUUCCCCGCCGCUCGCCGGCUCCCCCGGGCCGGCUCGCUGCGUCCGGCUGCACUCUGCCCCGGUCAGCUCCGCCUCCCCCUGCCGGCUCGCCACCCCAUGCCGGCCCGACCGAAUCCUCCGCCUCUGCCCGAGGCCGAAUCUUCCGCCUCCGCGCCGCCUACAGGCCCGCAGCGUCGGCUGCGGCUCCCCGCCACCCGGCCUCGCCGCGCCCGCCUACUCCCGUGGCCGGUCUGCCACCAGCCGGCCUCGCGAGCGCCCGCUGGCUCGCGCUACAGCCGGAUGCCCGCCUGCCGCACAAGCGAACCCCCGCGCCUCGCUCCCGUUUGUGGAGUGCGCUGCGCCCGGCUGGCCGCACGCCUGUCUCGCCUCGCUCCGGCCUCCGGCUCCGGUUGCUUCCAGCGGGAGCCCCGGCCGCCCGCACGGGCCCGCGCUGGCCCACUCCCCCGACCGCCUGCCGCGCCCGCCUGCGCCGACCCCCGCGACCCGGCCCAACAUCCUCCCGCGCGCCAGCUCCCUCGCCGAUGUGCCCGGGCGCCUCCUGCAGCACCCGGCCGCCGGGUCGCCAGGACCCUCGCCCGCCGGCUCCUACUCCAGACGCCACCCGCCGGCUGCCGCCUCGCAGCUGGUCGCGCUGAUAGCGACUGAAGUUGAUGGCCACCUUCAUCUUGCGCCGCUCCUCCACCAGCCGGAGACCCUCAGCCUCCAGGCGCGAGUCGACACCCGUGAGCUCUUCACCGAGUCGGCUCAUCGCGCCCAUCGCCUCCUGGAAGAGCUCGUGACGAACCACGCUUCACCCGCGCUCGAGCUAGAACGCCUGGCCCACCUUGUCCUCCACCUCGGGGGCUGCGGGCGGGGCGCCAAGCGGCACACCACCCCCCGGCAGGGGGCUGGGGGCUGUCACUCCACCUGA